CCCUUUCUCUCUCAAUCUCAAAUCCCAACAACUACUCACUCUCCUUCAAUUGAUCAUCAUCAAAUCCCAUUUCAAGAAAAUCCCAAAUUUUCUCUCUACAUAUCUUUACACUACUCAUAUAUACUAUUGAUAAAUAGUCCUUAUAAUAACCUACUUACAAACACAAGAGACAACAAACAAGAUUGAAAAGGGAGAAAGAUCAUGAGUUAUUCGUAAUCUGUCUUAUUUUUCAGGUUACUAAUUCUUUAUAUCCUUAUUUCUUGAAAAAAAGAUGGAGUUAUUCCCCGCGCAACCGGACUUAUCCCUACAAAUUAGCCCUCCAAAUAACAAACCCUCAUCAUCAUCAUCAUGGAAGAGAAGUACAAGUAAUAGUACUAAUGAAGAUCAAGAAAUGGAUUUAGGUUUUUGGAAAAGAGCUUUGGAAUCAAGAAACUCAUCCAAUAAUAAUAAUAAUAUCAAUAAUUCUUCUUGUUUUGAGCUAUCUUUAUCAUCAAAUAUUAAUCCAAAACCUAAUUCUAGCCAAUAUUUCCAUCAUCUCCAAAAUGCUAACACAAAUUUCAUCCGCUCUUUACAUCAAAAUCAAGUACUAAACCCUAUAAGAGGAGUUCCAGUUUAUAAUCAAAACCCUAUUUUUCCAUAUGAUAAUACUAAUACUACAACUACAUUACCUAUACCAUCUUCUGUUAGUUCUUUCAAUUAUAACCAUACAAUCUCUUCAUCAAAUAGCCAUAGCCAUUUUCAAUCCCAUCUUUAUCAUCAAAAUGGGCUAAUUAGAUCAAGAUUUAUGUCAAGAUUUCCAGCUAAAAGAAGUAUGAGAGCUCCAAGAAUGAGGUGGACUAGUACUCUUCAUGCUCGUUUUAUUCAUGCUGUUGAGCUCUUGGGUGGACAUGAAAGAGCAACACCCAAGUCAGUUCUUGAGCUUAUGGACGUGAAAGAUCUCACCUUGGCACAUGUUAAAUCCCAUUUACAGAUGUAUCGGACGGUGAAGACAACUGAUAAAGCAGCAGCUGGAGCAGCUUCUUCAGGCCAAUCGGAGGUGUUUGAUAAUGGAUCAUCUGGGGAUAAUAAUUCAGAGGAAUUAGUGCUUGACAUUCAAAACUCAGGAAAGUCUGAAUUAUCAGUUCAACAAGGUGGACGACAAGAGAAAGAUAAUUAUCGUGGUCUUUGGAGUAACUCUUCAAGGUAAACAUUUCUCUAUGCAACUUA